AUGGGCCUCCGUAGACACGACCCGGAGAGCCCCGAUGAAAGGACGGGAUUGGUUGGCAUUCACGAUGUGCUCAACACCAUAGCGCAGGAACCAUCUUUAACGGUCUGGGUCGGCAGUGAGCUGCCUGUUCCGACCCCGCGCAUCCACUUGCCCGCGAUGGCCGCCGCACAGGACCUCCCCAUGGAUCUCCCCAUAAUCGAUCUCGACGUCUUUCUCAACGAGCCCCGCGACUCCGCUGCAGUCCGCGAUGAGUGCCAAAAGGCCGCGACUGCCCUCAUCACCUAUGGCGCGCUCGUGCUGCACGACUCCCGAGUCGCCGAAUCAGACAACACUACUUUCCUCGACUUGCUUGAGGACUACUUUGCCCAGCCGACUGAAGAGCUCAAGAAGGAUGAGCGUCCGGAGCUAAGCUACCAAAUCGGUGUCACUCUUGAGGAUACAGAAAAGCCCAAAUGUGCAGUAGACGAGCCCUGCCUGAAGGUCAUCGAGCGCCUGGCGGAAACCGAGCGCCCUCUCGAUAUCACAGCACACGACCCCGACCCAAAGUGUCGUUUCUUCUGGCGCAUGGCCGAGAACCCCCCGUACGAGACCGAGUUCCCCGGGCUCAACGCCCCCAAUGUCGUCCCCGAAGCUCCGCACAUCCGUGAGCGUUGGCCUCCUGCCAUGGACAAGUGGGGAACCUCAAUGAAGCAAGCCGUUACGGGCCUGGCAGAGAUGGCGGCGGUCGGUUUGGGUCUCCCUGCCGAUGCUUUCAGCUCUGCUGGCAAGUACGGGCCUCACCUUCUCGCACCAACGGCUUCUGACUUGGUCAAAUACGGCAAGCAGGACACCAUUCUCGCCGGUUUCCACACAGACCUGAACUUCCUGACCAUUCACGGGCGUUCUCGGUAUCCAGGCCUGCACAUCUGGGCGCGCAACACGGGAAAGAAGAUUGCCGUCAAGAUUCCUGAGGGCAACUACUUGCUCGUCCAAGCCGGAAAGCAGUUGGAGCACUUGACGGGCGGGCUCAUCAAGGCAGGCUUCCACGAGGUCGUGGUGAAUGAAAAGACACUGGCCGUGAUCGAGCGCCGCAAAGCCGAGCUCCCCGAUCGCCCGCUCGUCCGCAUCUCGUCCACGUUCUUCUGGCACUUGUCAUCGGACCACGAUCUCACUCCUAUCCCUCAGCUGUCGGAGCAGGCACAAAAGGUUAGGGCUGAGCAAUUCAACCUGGGCAGGGACGAGGGCGAGGAGGUUACGUAUGCGCCCAUGAAGGUGGGACAGCAGGUGCAAGAGGAGCUCAAGCACAUUGCUCUGAUGACAUGA